AUCACCCUCUUUUUUUUGUGUGAAAGUGCAUAACUUGCUAAAUGUAAUUCCUGGCAGCCAGGGGCCUUUUACAUUAUAACCGACUCGCUUGCAUAACUAACCUAUUUCACAAAGACUGAAGAUGAGCAUUUAAACAACAGGAGAACGAAUACCCUAAGAUAAAUCCGUUUUUUUACAAAACCGGCAAGAUGGAGAGACUCUUUCUUGUGCAUGUUCUGUUUAAAAUGUGCUGGGCUGUGCCUCAAGGUGAGAAGUCUGACCAUUUAUUCCUAAAUCCAAAGCCUAAAGUUUGUCAUGCUACAAUAGAUAUAUUGUCUCUGUAUUUUAUUUAUUCAUGUAUCCUUUUUCCAAUACAGAAAGUAGGUGCCAAGGAAGCCUAAAGAUCUUGAGAAAAAUGCAAUCAGUCUAUUUUUAGGUUAGAACAGAAUAAACAGUCAUUCAUGCAAUUAUUAAUGAUUGAAUUAACUCUCUCAAAAAGUCUUGGUGCCUGACAAUACUGUCUCCACAUGUCGAAUAUGAUAAUUAUUCAGAUCUAAAUGGCCUACAAGAGAAAUUUACAUCAGAGCAUGUAUUGUACUGUGGGCUCCUGAGUGGCGCAGCGGUCUAAGCAACUCAGUGCAAGCGGCAUCACUACAGUCCCUGGUUUGAAUCCAGGCUGUAUCACAUCCAGCUGUGAUUGGGAGUCCCAUAGGGCGGCGCACAAUUGGCCCAGGAUUGUCCGGGUUUGGCGGUCAUUACCUCUCAGGUAAAAUGUUCACAUUUCCAAAGGAGUCCGUCUCUGAUCAUGUGGGGCUAAUACCAAAGGGAGAAAACUAUCCUUCUGUGACAGUAUGUCUCAGGUAUUUCACAGAUGUCAAGAGGGCGUUUUCCAUCUUUUCCAUGGCAACUCCGACAAGCACCAAUGACUUUCUGUUGUUCAAAGAGUCCAAUGGUGACAUGGAGCUACAUGUUAGAUAUGUGGGAAGUACAUUCACAGGGCUACCAGAUGAGCAGAACAUGUGGAUGGCUCUGUGUGGGAGCUGGGACUCAGUCACCGGACUCAGUCAGGUUUGGAUCAAUGGGAAGCCAAGUGCAAGGAAGAUGGGACACACUGCUGGGAGUGUGCUGAAUGGAAAACCAAUCAUAAUCCUAGGUCAGGACCAGGAUUCUUAUGGUGGAAAUUUUGAUAAAGGACAAUCGUUUAUUGGUCAAUUCACUGAUGUACACAUGUGGAAUUAUGUUCUGUCACCUUGUGAGAUCCAGCGCUUCACAAGCGACUUAAAUUUCACCCCUGGGAAUGUACUUAAUUGGAGGUCCCUUGAAUACACGAUUAAUGGGCAUGUUGUUCUAGAACACAAACAAACUCCCUGCCAAUAAUGAGCAGUGUCAACCAAUCAUUCAGCGUGUUGAGAAAUGUUGACUAUAAUCAAACAUCUGAAUAUGCUUGUGUGUAUAUUCACAACUAUCCUGAAAAUCAUCAUAAAAAGUGUUUUUCUAAUCAAAUCAAGAAACACAUUAUAUUCUUUCCUAAAGCAAUAUCCUCCAAUGAAUCUAAUAAAAUUACACUCUUUAUAGUAAA